AGACUUGAACAUUCAAGAUGUCAGGCGUAGCUAGGACGAGGCUUGCAGAAGAGAGAAAGAUCUGGAGGAAAGAUCAUCCAUUCGGAUUUUGGGCUAAACCAACUAAAUUUCCUGAUGGUUCAUUGAAUCUUUUGAUAUGGGAGGUUGGUAUUCCAGGUAAAUCAGGUAGUGCAUGGGAACACGGUGUAUACAAGUUAAACAUGCAAUUCCCUGAAGAUUACCCGUCUAAGCCGCCAAAGUGUAAAUUCACUCCACCACUAUUCCAUCCAAAUGUCUACCCUAGUGGUACCGUUUGUUUGAGUAUUCUUGACGAAGAGAAGGGAUGGAAACCAGCAAUCACUAUAAAACAGAUUGUUCUUGGUAUUCAAGAGCUCAUGACUGAUCCUAACGCCUCAGAUCCUGCUCAAGUAGAGGCAUACACAAUGUUCAAAAAUGACAAACCGGGCUACGAACGGAGAGUAAGACAACAAGCACGUGAAAAUAUUCCACAUUAAUUUGUUCAUUAUUUAUACAUUAACUAUAUUCUAGCUUUCAGGUAGUCACUAGCGAUGUGUUGCGUAUAAUGAGUCAGGUUUAUAUGUCCUGUUAGUCGUCUGCGAAGGUGAGACGAAGGAGGAAGGAGUGAAAGUGUGAGAUAUAAGUAAGCAAAUAGAGUUGCGUCAGCAAAGCUUGGCUUAUCUUUACCUAAUAUCCAAGUGUUUGAACCAAGUUUGGAAGAUAGUGUCGCUAAAGUGGAUGCAGCGAUCCUAUCUACUACAUCAACAUCAAUCUGAACGCUCUCAUACGGCAUAUCACUAGGGAAAUAGCGUGAAAGAAUGAGAGAAGUUAAUGUUGUGCUUGCAUUCUCUAACUUGUCAGUUCCAUUAACAACCUUAGCUAUUUCUACGCUUAAUGCAGCUUUCAAUCGACUGAAUUUGUGUGAUCUUUGUACGGAUACCAAAGCUGUAUCAUUUGACUCUGGGAAAUAAAGUUUAGAUGCUUGUUCGGAUGUAGAGGGCAUAAAGAAAAAGUAAGUAAGGAAUGAUGAUCUAAGUUGUUUCUCGACUAGUUCUAGGAUAUCAAGCUCGGUUGUAUCGGCUUCGGGAAUAUCUUGAAUGUUUUCAACAUACUUUCUGAUUUCAUCGUCUUUUAAUAAAACAGCGCGCUGACUCGGUUUAUGCGGUAAUUCUAAUAGGGGUAGUUUAUUAUUAGGCGACGCUUUUGGUUCAUUUAUAGUUUUUAAGCUAAAGUUUAUGUUGUUAAAUAAUAAAUAUAUUUGCCAUUUCAAGCAUUCAGCUGAAUUUG